GUCUAUGGCACCGGAGGUCGCUAUGAUUUGGACUCAAGAUGGAAGGCUGGCCAGUAUGUGGGACCAAGUCUAGAAGUACGCGGAGGGCAUGUGAUCAGGUUUGACAAUGGGGCUUUUAUGACUUCAACGCACCUGAGGCCCUACCUCGUGGACUCUGAUCAGAUUGUGGACUUGGAAGAGUAUGAGGUGAGACUUCCGAAUCCGGAGCGACGGCUUCGAACGAAAACCAAGGAAGCUGCUGUUGAACGUGAUUGCCAAGAGGUCAACACUACUGUCGACCCCGAUCAUCCUGCCGAGCUCUAUGCUAAGGAUCUACUUGAGGAGGAGAUCUUGUACGCGGAGCAGAUGGAGACUCUGGCUAUGAUGUUACCAACGACUACUGCGACUCCCAAACGUUUUGGUCCGCAAGCACAGACGCAAAAGGUCUGGAUGGCAGGUGCGUUUGUACAUGGAGGAAUUGCCGGGGUGAAAAAUGCAACUACGUCGUUCUCAUACAGCACCCGUGCUCUUGUUCGUUAUGUGAAGCAGCUUGAGCCAACCCACAAGUUCAACUCCCUUGCAGUUACAGUGGAUACAGAGGCAAAACAACAUGUGGAUGCUCACAACGUUGGGAUGAACUUGAUUGCUGGGUUGUUACUCGAGCUCGACGGUGCCAACACUCAUCAAGUCUUCAAUCCGAAGUAUCGGCACAGCACGAGGAUCGGUGCUAUCAAGGUGGGUUUGUUGGAGACUAGCUCACAUGCAGUUGCUCCAGAACAACCUCGUGAUUCCUCAGACCAAGUGGGUGAAGGCUUUGAUCUAGAUGCAGUUGCUCCAGAACAACCUCGUGAUUCCUCAGACCAAGUGGGUGAAGGCUUUGAUCUAGAUGCAGUUGCUCCAGAACAACAUCGUGAUUCCCCAGACCAAGUGGGUGAUGUGUUACAUGAAGACCAGUUCCGGAAGUGGGGUGACACAGAUGUUCUGUCACAUCUCUCCCAGGACUUGGAGGUUGCUAUUCAGGAUUUAGAGGAUCGUGCUGCUCGUCUACGGGAUCUUCUUGAGGAGGAGGAGAUCUUGAAUGAGGAGUAUAGACGCCUUGGGGACUCAACUCGUGCCUAUUUGAUGGAUGCCAGAGAUCAAGUUGGUGUCUUCCUGGACAAUGUGCACGAAGAAUUGGUUCAAGCAGAACGAGUAAAAAGCGCGAUGUGCCUUUGUGUGAUGAAGGCUGGACAAGACCCUACGCCGGAGGAGGAAAUCGACUACGAGCUGUUGCUUGAUGGAUUGGAGGAAGACCUCAAAGUCGUGCAUACCGUUCCGACGCCACAGGUGCGAAGGGCCUUGGACCGGUGGACGGCAGCUAUUCGUAAAGAAGUGGAAGCGUUGUUUGCUUCUGGAACCCUACGCCGAGCUACGAUAGAAGAAGCCCGCAGCUUGGAGGCGGAACACAAAGUGACGUUCGCACCAGCCAAGUGCAUCUUCACGCUAAAACCUCCUCAGACCCCUGGACAACGCGCAAGGCGCAAGUGUCGCCUUGUGAUAUGUGGGAAUUACAUCCGAGAUAACUCCGAUUUCGGAGACCUCUACGCGGCCGGUACUUCCACAGACUCACUGCGAUUAUCGCUAGUCCUGGCAGCGAUCGGAGUGGGUGGGCGCUAUCAGUUGAAGACUGCAAGGGUGAGAUGUGGAGACCUCAUUCUAAUACUGCGGCCAACAAUUUCGGAAUCCGAGCUAUGGAUGAUCUUGGAUGAGGUCACCGGGGUGUUGUAUGGGUUGGUCGUCCUCUACGUGGAUGAUAUUGCCUAUUUCUCAACUACGGAGAUCAUCGAGGCCCUCCACACUUUUGUUACCGAGGCGUGGCCGGCAUCUCCGCUGGAAUGGAUCGGUGACGGUUCCCCGGCCCGCUACUUGGGGAUGGAAAUUAGGCGAGAGCCACGAACUACAAGUGAGGGAACAGCCUUCUUUGUCUACACCAUUGGACAGGGCGCCUACGUGCAGGACCUACUACGUGGACAUGAUAUGGAGAGUGUUACACCUACGGCCUUGCCGGUCCCGAGAGAAUGGGUUGAGGAGGCAGAGAAUGACGAUAGCGUUGAGAGCGACAUUGAGGAGGCCACAUUAAAGCAGGCCCAACGUGUGGUUGGGGAAAUGCUCUGGUUGUCUACCCGUACGAGACCAGAUUUGAGCUUUGUUGUCGGACAUGCAGCAAGUUUGGUGGCCAAAAGACCGAGCUAUGUGACACGGUUGGGUCAGCGGCUGAUGUCUUAUUUGGCUGGGACAAAGGACUUGCGCAUGACAAUGGGCCCAACUACCCCAACGGCAACGCCAGAGCUUGUGGCAUUUACUGAUGCGUCAUAUGUGUGGCCAGGUCUUCAAAGAGUGUUGGCGGUGGACAACACCUCUGCUGCCUCAAUGCUGUCAGGAGGUGCAGUGCAGCUGGCGGACUUAGCAACGAAGAUGCAGCCCAGGCUGGGAAGAGCUAGCCUUGCUCUGUUUGAUGACGUCCUUGGGAGCUGUGCGCGCAAGCUUGAGGAGGUCUCCAAGCUUGCAAAGAAAGUGGCUAAGCAGGAGAUUGCCAAGGAGGAGUGCUACGACACCGAGGAGGACCGCGAUGCCUGCUACCUCGUGCUCAAGGCCUUUGACACCCCCGCGGGCGGCGGGGUCUACCGAGGAUUGGACUGCGGCUGGAAGGUACGCAUCUUAGUGGCUUAA